CACUGGCUGGCACUGUUAGGCGGCACUGGCUGGCACUGUUAGGCGGCACUGGCUGGCACUGUUAGGCGGCACUGACUGGCACUGAUGGGUGACACUGAAAGGCAGCUCAGAUGGGCACUGAUAUGUGGCAUUGUUGUGCACUGGUAGGCACUGAUAUGUGGCAUUGAUGUGGCACUGAUGAGCACUGGCACGAGGCACUGAUGAGCACUGGCACGAGGCACUGCUGGGGCUACACUGAUCAUCAGGGCACACUGAUCAUCACUGAUCACAUGAGCGAGCCGACAUCUUCGGCUCUUUCUGUGAUCAGUGAUCCGCUGUGUCCGAGGGACACAGCA